AUAAGAGAGAAAGAGAAGGAACUAGACAAAAUGCCAUGUUGAAAUUUUUUUGCUUCCUGUCUCUCAACUCAACCCGUCUCAACCGUUAGUUCGUUGCUUUCGAAGACGUGUUUUACUUUUCCCACCAUUCCCGUUUUCGUUCCCUUUUAUUAAUUGGAAUCGGUUCGUAUGUUUGAUCAAUGGCUGAAAACGUAGACGAAUUGUUCGAGUGCUUCGAUGAGAAACCUACCGCCAAACGAUUAAAAACCGUUGAAAUUGAUGAAGAUGAAGACAAGGGUGAUGGUAAACCCGCCAGCACCAGCAAAAGUACCGUUGAUUGCGGACCUGGAAGCAGCGAGGGCGUUAAAAGAGAAGGGGAUGAUGUUGAAAAUGUCGUUAUUAAACGGACCAAAAUCGAAGAUGAUCUUACGUUGGAUGAAAUUAAUUUUGAUGAAUUUGACAAUAGGAUUGUUGUUCAUACCAUCGAAUCAUUAGAAUCAUGUACACACGAGGUGGCUUAUCCUCCAGGACAAACAUAUAUUCCAUUGCAGCCACCAAGUGGAGAGCCAGCGAAAACAUAUCAAUUUACAUUGGAUCCAUUUCAAAAAGAAUCUAUUCUAUGUGUAGAUAACAACCAAUCAGUUUUGGUUUCAGCUCACACAUCAGCAGGAAAAACAGUUGUUGCUGAAUAUGCUGUGGCGACUUCUUUGCGGAAUAAACAACGAGUAAUUUAUACAACUCCUAUAAAAGCACUUUCAAAUCAAAAAUAUCGAGAAUUUUAUGAUGAAUUUAAAGAUGUUGGGUUGGUUACUGGGGAUGUUACGAUUAAUCCAAGUGCUUCUUGUCUUAUUAUGACCACAGAGAUUUUGAGAAAUAUGUUAUAUAGAGGCUCAGAAAUAAUGCGUGAGGUAGGUUGGGUUAUUUUCGAUGAAAUUCAUUAUAUGCGCGAUAAAGAACGCGGAGUUGUUUGGGAAGAAACGUUAAUUUUAUUACCUCACAAUGUCCAUUUUGUAUUUCUUUCCGCAACAAUUCCAAACGCGCGACAAUUUGUAGAAUGGGUAACAAAUAUCCAUCAACAACCAUGUCACGUCGUUUACACUGAUUACAGACCCACACCUUUGCAACAUUACAUAUUUCCUUCUGGGGGACAAGGAAUUCAUAUGGUUGUAGACGAAUCAGGGACAUUUAAAGAUGAAAAUUUCAACACUGCUAUGGCAGUUUUAAACUCUGGCGAUGCUGCUAAAGGCGAUCAAAAAGGUCGAAGGGGUGGAAUUGCAAAUAAAGAUCCGACUCAAACUGAUAUUUUUAAAAUGGUUAAGAUGAUAAUGGAACGUGAUUUUGCUCCUGUAAUCGUUUUUAGUUUUAGUAAAAAAGAUUGUGAACUUUACGCGACACAAAUGACUAAAUUAGAUUUGAAUUCAGCUGAAGAAAAAAAACUUGUUGAUGAAGUUUUUAAUAACGCAAUGGAUGUUUUAUCAGAUGAAGAUAGACAUUUACCACAAGUUGAAAAUUUAUUACCGUUAUUAAGGAGAGGUAUUGGAAUACAUCAUGGUGGUUUAUUACCAAUUUUAAAAGAAACAAUAGAAAUACUCUUUAGUGAGGGUUUAAUUAAAGCAUUAUUUGCCACUGAAACAUUCGCAAUGGGACUUAAUAUGCCUGCAAGAACAGUUUUAUUCACAGGUGUUCGAAAAUAUGAUGGUAGUGAAUAUAGAUGGAUAACAUCUGGAGAAUAUAUUCAAAUGUCGGGUCGCGCUGGCAGGAGAGGUUUAGAUGAUAAAGGAAUCGUAAUUUUAAUGGUAGACGAAAAUGUUCCGUCGAGUACCGGACGAGACAUUGUAAAAGGUUUGCCGGAUCCGAUUAAUUCCGCGUUUCAUCUCACGAAUAAUAUGAUUUUAAAUUUGGUGAGAGUGGAAGAGAUUAAUCCUGAGUAUAUGAUGGAACGUUCAUUUUAUCAAUUUCAAAAUCAAGCUUCAAUUCCAGGGCUGUAUAAACAUUAUAAGGAAUGUAUUGAAGAGCAUAAAAAAUUAGAAAUAGAAAACGAAAAUGUUAUAUCAAGUUAUUAUAACAUUAGGGAAGAAUUGACGUCAUUGGGGAAACAAUUCCAAGGUUAUAUCACAAAAUCACAGUAUCUUUUACCAUUUUUGCAACCAGGAAGAUUAGUUAAAAUUAAGAAUAAAGAUGACGUUUACGAUUGGGGAGCGGUUAUCAAUUUCAUCAAAACCCACGAUACUAACAAUAGUGGAGGGAAAAGAGGAGGUGGAAGAUCAAACCCGGCAAAAACAUCUGUUAAGCUACAAGUGGACCUUCUUCUCCAUGUGGUUCCAGCUGAAUCAGGCGUGAAUAACGACAAUAUAAUACCGAAACCUUGUCCAGAAAAUGAGCAUGGCGAAGUUGAAGUAGUUUCCCUGGACAGUUCACUUAUAACGCACAUAUCAUCUGUUCGUCUUUAUUGCCCUGUCGAUUUGCGAAGUAAAGAUAACAGAAAAGGGAUGUUAAAAGCGAUCAAAGAAGUGAAGCGAAGAUUUAGUGAAGGCCCCCCACUUUUAGACCCUAUAAGCGAUAUGAAAAUUAAAGAACCCGAGUUUGAAAAUAUUUUUAAGAAAAUUGGGGUGUUAGAAAAAAAAAUGUACGCUCAUGAAAUGCAUAAACAUCCCGAUUUGAAUACAAUUUAUGCUAAUUAUGAAAAAAAAGUAAAGUUAGCCAAUGAAGUGAUUGAAGCCAAGAAGAAAUUGCAACAAGCUAAGUCAGUUUUACAAUUGGACGAGUUAAAGUGUCGAAAACGUGUUUUGAGAAGGUUGGGUUAUUGUACAAAUGCUGAUGUUAUUGAAAUGAAAGGGAGGGUUGCUUGUGAACUUAGCAGUGGGGAUGAAUUACUUUUAACAGAAAUGAUUUUUAAUGGCGUUUAUACCUCUUUAUCGCCUGCACAAGCAUGUGCCAUUUUAAGUUGUUUUGUUUGCGAUGAAAAAAGUUCCGACCCGCCUAAAUUAACUGAAGAAUUAUCAGGACCUUUAAGGCAAAUGCAGGAUUUGGCUCGAAGGAUAGCAAAAGUUAGUACUGAAGCUAGAUUAGAGCUUCAAGAAGAUAAUUACGUCGAACGGUUUAAACCCUUUUUAAUGGAUGUGGUUUAUUCUUGGUGUAAUGGAGCGAAUUUUAGCGAUUUGUGCCAUUUAACCGACAUUUUUGAGGGUUCGAUAAUCAGGGCGAUGCGACGACUAGAGGAGCUUUUGAGGCAAAUGGUGCAGGCUUCGAAAACUAUUGGUAAUACAGAAUUAGAGGACAAAUUUAAUACAGCCAUUAAAUUAAUUAAAAGGGAUAUCAUUUUUGCGUCUAGUUUAUAUUUGUAGAGUCAGUUUUAAUAAAUACCUUCAGUACAUUUUA